AUGGCUAGAGUAGCUGAUUCAGGAUUUAGGUCGUCUGGGUCUUCUCUAGCGGCAUCGCGACGAGCAACUCUCCAGCCGCAGAGACAGAGUGGAUCGAGCACAACUGAGGGGCAUGUGGAGGCACAAGUGGAGGAACAAUUACGACGGCAAAUGGAACAGAAUGCGGUGUUGGCCAAGCGUAACGCGAUUUUUUCCUCGCGAAUCACCGAAUUAGAGAAUACAAUCCAGUCGCUUCGAGAAGAGAUUGUGCUUUUGAAAAGGACUUGCGAGUUGGAGCGGAUUGUUGAUGCGCUAGAGGAGAAUUUGACUACCAAUUUCAAUGCUUCUUUAUCGCAUUUGCAUCAAGUUAGGUUGACUCACGGUUUGCGUUUGAGGCAGAAGAAAAACCUGAACCUGGCUCAUGAGGUAGUUGCGCCUGAGCUCCCUGCUGCAAAUGCAGUAUUUGAAACCCCCAUGGACAACUCUCGUGCACAAUCAGGUUCUGCCCAGUUCCAGCGCCAGAGCCAGAGCCAGAGCCAGGCGCCGCCGGUCAACAAGGAAAAGAAGAAGGAAAGCUUUACAGUGCCGCUUUACUUUAAAAAGACCGACGAUGGCGACUUUAAUAAGAAAUUGCUGCUGCUUUUGGAGCUGCUGGACGCAGAGGACGCUGAUGCUGGCGAGGUACGACUGGUGGGUCCGUUUGCAUUUGAGAAAAAACUGCCCGGGAACGAGGAGCAAAGGUCCUCCUCGCUUUUUUUCCCACGUCCAGACACCAAUAACUUUGAGGACUCUGUCGAGCCUCGCGAUAGCUGGGACAUUGGUGCUCUGGAAAAAGCCAAAGAGAAAUUUCACAAGAUUCGUUCUCAACAAAAUACUUCGGGCUCGGGUCUCGAUGAAGGCGAUGGCGAUGGCAAUGGCGAUGGCGAUGGCGAUGAAGGUUCUGAAGCUGACUGCAAGGAGCUGUCAACACCUGCUCGUGGAAAGCAAGAAAACAGUCGACGAUUCUCGCCUGCAAGCAAGGAGUUUGAACAUGCAGAAGAGACUGCUGAUCGUACGUCUCACUAUUCGCCCCUGCAUCAACAGAGUGCCUCUCCUUCUUCACCUGCUGCAAAACCUCCACAAUCAGGGAACGCACUGGUUUUACACUCCAGUGCAAACAGCCAGAAGCGAGGAAAUCUUGAUCAAGAGUUGAACCAACUCGGAUCUGCUGCUGCUGCUGAAACUAUCUCAAGCACAGGGAAAUAUGAGGCCGACCGGGCCGAUCAUGAUCCGCCUCAUGAGGCAAGAAGAUCGACAAGAGUCAAGAAAGAGGUCAACUACAAACCGAUGGCUGGGAACACCAAGAUGAGACGAGACUCGGUUCAUAUGAGGGAUGCUGUUGGGGACAACGUUUUCUAUGUGAGUCACGCUAAGGAGGAGCGCAGCAAAGCAAGAGACGAAAGCCAGGAACCUAGUGCUCCGCGUAAACCACUUGCGAAUUUGACAAACACCCAAGGCCUGCCGUCCAAGACGGAAAAACCGAAAAAGAAACGUCCCAAGAGGAUUAACGAGUUGUCCAUUUUUGACUUUGACUCAGAGUACCAGCUUCCUGGUAGAAAAAAGAGGUCCAAAAGCUAA